AUGUCAGCAAGCCUUUUCCCAGCCCACCAGCACCCGGGGCUGCUGGAUGAGCUACACUGCAGAGCUCCACAAGUGCCCUGCCCAGAGGGGCUGUUGGGUGCCUCCGUGCUGGAUCUCAUAGCCGACCUCUCCCUGGGUGUCCUCCAAGGCCUCCCCCGGGCCAGAUCGGGCCUGAGGCCCUGCGAGGUCACCUCUGGACCUCCUGUUGGGGACAGAACUCUGUCGCUCCCAGAAGGGAUGGCCCAGGCGGUGCCCCUGGCUACCUUCAGAGAUGGCAAUCUCGAAGAUGAGGAAGAGGAGGAGGAAGAGGAAAGGAUGCGCAACACUUCCCACCUGGACAGACCAAGGAGAAAGAGGGUUAUCACCUAUGCUCAGCGCCAGGCUGCCAACAUACGGGAGAGGAAAAGGAUGUUCAACCUCAAUGAGGCGUUUGAUCAGUUGAGGAAAAAGGUGCCCACCUUUGCCUAUGAGAAGAGGCUCUCCCGGAUAGAGACGCUACGCCUGGCCAUAGUGUACAUCUCCUUCAUGACUGAGCUCCUGGACGGCUGCAACAGGCAGGAGGCAAGCUAG